AUAUAUUCUCCAUUUUAUUAUUUUCUUAUCGAUACAGCAAAGAUCUUUACUUCAAGCUCAACUGUAAUUUUAUAUAUCAUUCAGUUUUAUUAAGUCUGCUAGACAACGCUUCGAUAUUAGUGGAUAUUAAUUACUAAGCAAAAUGGAAGGAAUAAGAUCUCCUGAAGUACCCCCAGAUGUGGAUUGGCCAAUACAACCACAGAGCAGCGACUACAACAAGGGCAUUGUGAUUGACAAAAUAAAAGACUUUAACUUGAACUUUUACGAAAACCGUUUCAAAUUUAAUAUGCGAGAUCUACGCCAAGAAGAGGGUAUUGGACUUCCCAUGAAAAUGAUUAUGGAUCGUUUAGUCGUCAGUAUGGUUGGAAGCAAGGUAAUGGAUGAUGUUUUGACUGGACGAUGCGAUAAUAUUGAUUUUGAGGAUUUAAUGAAACGUCGCAAACGCGUCAAGCGAUCUGAUUUGGAGAUUUUCCAAAAGUUUUAAUAAGAUUUUAGCAAAGAAAGUGUAUUAAGAGUUCUUUGAUAAGAAUAAAAGAAUGGAAUUGAG